GUCUAUGUUUACUUAUAAUAACAGUCAUAUUUUCAUUACUAAAAACGUUGCUUAAAACAUAAUAGGCUACAAUUAUGCCUUGGAGUUGGGAGUGUAGGGCAAAGUUCGUGAAGCAAACGUCGCCGAAGCCUACGGCGCGGCGUGGCGAGGCAGGGCAGGGCACCCCCGGACCACUCCAUUACCAAACCCCGCGGAUAUUUUGUGGGAAAGGCUAUUCAAACAUUAAGCGGGCGCCGGCGUUCUCGUUCGGUCAGCGGUUCCCCGCGGGCAGUAAUAAGCCGGUGUUAGCUAACAACGCGCCCCUGUUGAACUUGUAUCGAUUGAAUCGGAAAGGUCCUGAUAAAAUAACAAAUGGCCUCAUAUCGCCGCGUAUAGACGCUCCAAAAAACCGGUCUGUGACGCCUGGUCCAGCCGAAUACGCUCCAAGGAGUGAGGCCCAACCGAAGCAUGCUCCGGCCUACAGCAUCCGACCUCAGGUCAAACCGGCCUUUCAGUCCAAAUCGACAUGGACACCGUCGCCUAAUAUGUAUCUACCGGAAAAAUCGACAAGGAAAGCCCCGGCCUACUCUUUUCCCUGUUCAGGACGGGACAUCAAAGAGCGCUCAGCCUGUGCUGGUGAUUACUAUCCGAAAUUUAAUUACGUACAAAGAACGACGCCGGGGUUCUCGUUCGGAGGCGUUAUCAAAGCCUUAAAACAACCGAAACUACCGUCCCCCAAUGCUUAUUGUGAGAAAAAGUUUAUGUACCCGCAGCGGUCGGCUCCGACGCCAUCUUUUGGUAUCCGCCACUCGCCGUAUCUUGGCAGCGAGCGAGAAUUCUUGAAACCCACCGCAUUGAAUAUCGAGAUUUAUGGAGAGUCAGUGGACAUAUAGAGCUUAAAUUUGUUUUUCACUGUGAAAAAAAAUUCCCUGUGUAAA